AUGGCUAAGGCGAUGAAAUCAACAAUGAAAGAGACAAGACAUAGAUGGUGCCGGUGGCAUGUUCUGAAAAAUGCUAAGGACAGGCUAGGAAAGGUGUACUCAAAGCACAAAGGGUUCAAGCAUGAAUUCAACAAAUUGGUAACUGAUGAGAUAGAUAUAACCAAGUUUGAAAGGACAUGGGAUACUCUGGUGAAAAAAUACAGGCUGUCAAAGAACAAGUUCUUAAAGCGGCUAUUCAAGUACCGAGAAAAAUGGGCAAAACCAUACUUCAUGGGUAUCUUUUGUGCAGGAAUGACAAGCACACAGAGGAGUGAGAGUGCCAACCAUAUGUUGAAAAGAUUCAUCCAGCGAGCCGCGCCAAUGCACCUAUUUGUUUCCAAGUUCAAUGAAUUUCAAGGUGAUCGAAAUGACCAGGAAUCAAAGGAGUCAUUUGUCACAAACCAGGUACCCCGCAAACUGAGAGUCGGUGUUCCAAUAGAAAAUCAUGCUAACACAAUUUAUACAAGGGCUAUGUAUGAGAAAUUCUACGAUGAGCUCUUUGAAUCAGGGAGAUUUGCCAUAACCUCAAAGAUUAGUGAAUCUGAAUAUCUCGUGACUGAUACAAAACAAGACACUGAGGAAGCUACAACCCAAUUCACCCUCACAUUGCAAGGCACAUCCAAGAUAACAUGCCAAUGUGGCCUGUUUGAGCAUAUGGGGAUGCUUUGCCGUCAUGCACUUAAGGUACUUGUACACCUAGACAGGCCGGAGAUACCUGCUGGAAACAUAAUGAGAAGAUGGACAAAGGAUGGCUUAGAACAUUCGCUCUCAGUAGACACGAAGGCGACCAUGGCUGCUCAUAACGACAAUAUGCGCAAGAAACUCCUACUCACUAGAGUUUUCGAAAUUGCCAACAAGGAAGCCACGUUGAGCGAGACAGCAUUCCAUCAAGCUAUGGAAGCAAUGAAAGACUCUACGAAUCCACCUUUGGAACCAGCCCUUGCAGAUAUCACAAAUACAUCAACACCAGCCAUCACCGAAGUGCGCCCAACAGCAUGCCCACCUCGGACCAUGCUUGGCGGCAGGCCGCCAAACACUGGCCUACAAUCUUGGCUCGCAAGCAGAAAAAGAUCCAGCAAUAAAACAGCAAACUCCGCAUCAGCUUUAGUUGCGGACUGGCUAGAUGAAGAGAACCCUCCCACUAAGAGGCGGCGGUCAAUUUCAGACAUUCUAUGCACGUGA